CACUCUGAAGCUUCCAAGUUGGAGCAUCUCGCAGCUUAAUGAAACGGCUACAUUUAGUUCAAGGUUUGCUGAACAUGAAAAAGUGGUAUGGAGGCUUGUUGAUCAUUGCUCUGGGUAUGAUGUUGAUUCUCCUAUACAGUCCGUUUAGAAUGCAGCCACAGAAAUCAGUAAAACAGUCGGCCUACAGUUUCUUUAAUAAUCAUGCGCCAACGGAUUCUACUGUAAGAAACAAUCUUGCUAUAAAUUCUUCAAAUGUGGAAGUAAAAGAAACACCAAAGCCAACCAAAAGGCCACAUUCUAUACAUUUUCAUGGGCUUGAUGAUCUUUGUAACAUGAAAAACUUUUUUGAAGGAGAGUUGAAAGCAAUGCUUUUGUGGACUCCUUUGUGUUCCCUGCUGUCAAGGUCAGAUGCUUUACCUGAAACAGCUCAAGGAGUUAAAGAGGCUUCUGUAGCAUGGAAAGAGUUGUUGUCCACGAUUGAGAAGCAGAAAGCCUCUAGGAUUAGCGAGAUAGAUAGCCCUGAAAAUCAGAACUGCCCAUUGACUGUAACCACAAUCGGCAAAAUGGUGGCAAGCAGUGGAAUCAUUCUUGAGCUUCCUUGUGGUCUAGUCGUAGAUUCAUCUAUUACACUAAUUGGCAUUCCUGUUGGGCAAAAUGGAAGCUUCCACAUUGACCUCUUGGGCCAACAGAUAGAAGAGGAUCCAAAUCCUCCUAUAAUUUUGCAUUACAAUGUGAGUCUCCCUGGAGAAAAUUUGACUGAGGAUCCAUUUAUAGUUCAAAAUACAUGGACUAAUGAACAUGGGUGGGGAAAAGAGGAAAAGUGUCCAGCUCAUGGUUUUACUAACAUCCAAGAAGUUGAUGGACUUGUGCUCUGCAAUGUACAAGUUACCAGAAGCAGCAACCAAGAGAAUCCAAGUGUGGGCAAACCUAUUAGUGAUAGAACUGCUAACUUUUCAGAGGAGAGUGCACAUAGAACUGCUAAUUUCCCUUUCACUGAAGGAAACCCUUUCACUGCCACAUUGUGGGUCGGUUCAGAGGGAUUCCAUAUGACAGUGAAUGGAAGGCACGAAACAUCCUUUGCGUUUAGGGAGAAACUUGAACCAUGGUUAGUUAACAGUGUCAAAGUAGGUGGCAAUCUAAGUCUCUUAUCUGCACUGGCAAAAGGCUUACCUACUACUGAAGAUAAUGAUAUUGUUAUUGACAUUGACAAACUUAAAGCUCCUUCUAUCCCCAGAAAAAGGCUUGUUUUGCUAAUUGGGGUAUUCUCCACGGGAAAUAACUUUGAAAGAAGAAUGGCCCUCAGGAGGUCUUGGAUGCAAUAUCAGGCUGUACGUUCUGGGGAGGUAGCUGUCCGAUUUUUCAUUGGGCUUCACAAGAACCAUAUAGUUAACGUUGAGCUGUGGAAAGAAGCACAAGCUUUUGGAGAUAUCCAGUUUUUGCCGUUUGUUGAUUAUUAUGGUUUGAUCACCUUCAAAACUAUUGCAAUAUGCAUUUUAGGGGUAAGGGCAUCAAAAUUUUAUGCAAUGAAAUGUCUACGUAAACAUAUAAAGAAACAAGAAGGGAGCACAGCCUGAUGGGGAUAAGGGGCGAGGAAAUAAUAUCCAAAUCUUUUAGUGACUGAAAUCCAUUUCUGCCAGAGUUUCAAUUUUUUAUUAACCUUGUCCACGAUUUCUUUUUUCAUGUUCACAUUGUUUUCUGUUUUUUUUCUUUUUUAAUUGAAUCAAAAUUCAUGUUCACAUUCUUGUAAAUGUGUUUUAGGAGAAAUCUACUCUGGAAUUAACCCUUCCAAAAAAAUGUGAUUAAUGAAUUUGUGAACACAGACUAUGAUUUGGCCUUUAAAACCGUAGGUUGCCUGCUUUUACUCAUCUUGCCCUAUGCCUCCAAAUCUUAUAUAUCUGACAGCUGGACAAUGGCUAUCCUAUUACAUCAUAGUUUACCACUCUAUUUUAGACCAUAUCAACAUCACAGGAUGCAUAUGCAAUUUUGUGUCAGUGUGGUCGCGCCGGAUGUUGUUUUUCAUCUGCAAGUCUUGUAUAUACUCCUUUUAGUUCUAAAUGUAAGACUUAUUUUGUAGUGUAAUUUUACACUACAAAAUAAGUCUUACGUUUAGAACCGGAAGAGUAUUAUAUUUCAUCUCCUUUACUUUCAUGCCAGUUAAUCAAUAUGAUCUGUCACUAAAUUUGCAGACGAAAAUCAUGCCUGCUAAGUACAUAAUGAAAACGGAUGAUGAUGCUUUUG